UGAUGCUGCUCGCGGCCGUGUGGAGGAGGAGAGAGAGGCUGCCCGCUGCCCAAUGACAGCGCAGGAUGCUGAGAGAGGCUGUUGGGCUUGAAUGGAGGCGACAAGAUGCCGUCCAGAGCGACCAAGGAGACCCGUUGACAUCUGAAAAGAUCUGACAUUGAUGUGACCUAACCCACCCAUUCAGACAUGAAAUAAGUCAUCCAUGUUUGGUUGACAAAAGUCAGAGCAGUCUCAUUUGAGCACGCCCCUGUUAAAGGACCCUCUGGUGGCUACUCCUCUGAAUCACGGGACAUGUACGGCAGUGCCAGAGCUGUAGGUCAUGUAGAGAGCAGCCCUGUACGGUCCCCGCGCCUUCCAAGGUCCCCCAGACUGGGCCAUCGAAGGGCACACAGUGGGAGCGGGGGUGGUGCAGGGGGCAAGACCCUCUCCAUGGAGAACAUCCAAUCACUCAACGCUGCCUAUGCUACUUCAGGGCCCAUGUACCUGAGUGACCACGAGGGCGUGGGCUCCACUGCCACCUACCCAAAGGGAACCAUGACUCUGGGUCGCGCCACCAGCCGGGCCAUGUACGGGGGUCGCGUCACAGCCAUGGGCAGCAGCCCCAAUAUUGCUUCAGUGGGGCUGCCUCAUGCUGACCUUCUGUCUUACAGUGACCUGGGCUCCCUCUCCAUGCUGCACGCCCACCACCACCAGGGGGUGCCCUCGGCUCUGCUCAGGCAGGCCGUGCGGGGCAGUGGUGGCGAGCUGCUGGAGAUGCAGGCCCAGCUCAGGGAGAUGCAGAGGGAGAAUGAGCUGCUGCGGCGAGAGCUUGACCUGAAGGAGAGUAAGUUGGGAUCUUCCACCAACAGCAUCAAGAGCUUCUGGAGCCCAGAGCUGAAGAAGGAGAGGAUCAUGAGGAAAGAGGAGGCGGCUCGCACGUCCAUUCUGAAAGAGCAGAUGAGAGUCACUCACGAGGAGAAUCAGCUGCUGGAUGCCAGGAGAACCAAGCAUCUCCAAAUGACCAUCCAGGCUCUGCAGGACGAACUACGCACACAGCGAGACCUCAACCACCUGCUUCAGCAGGAGAGCGGAAACCGAUCUGGCUCGGAGCAUUUCACCACCAUCGAGCUGACAGAGGAGAACUUCCGCCGGCUGCAAGCCGAGCACGACAGGCAGGCCAAGGAGCUCUUCCUGCUUAGAAAAACCCUGGAGGAGAUGGAGCUAAGAAUAGAGACGCAGAAACAAACACUCGGUGCCAGGGACGAGUCCAUUAAGAAGCUGCUGGAGAUGCUGCAGAGUAAAGGGCUGCCUCCCGGGCCGGGCAGGGUGACCGAAGAGGAAGAGCAGGAGAGAGCCAGGCGCAUUGCUGAGGCCGAGGCCCAACUCGGACACCUGGAAGUAAUUCUGGACCAGAAGGAGAAGGAAAACAUCCAUCUGCGAGAGGAACUGCACAGAAGAAAUCAGCUUCAUCAGGAUCCAAGCAAAACCAAGGCCUUGCAGACCAUCAUAGAGAUGAAAGAUACCAAAAUUGCCUCUCUGGAGCGCAACAUUCGAGAUCUGGAGGAUGAGAUCCAGAUGCUGAAGGCGAACAGCUUACUAAACACAGAGGAUCGAGAGGAGGAAAUCAAACAGAUGGAGGUCUACAAGAACCACUCCAAGUUUAUGAAGACUAAGAUUGACCAACUGAAGCAGGAGCUGUCAAAGAAAGAGUCAGAGCUGCUGGCUCUGCAAACAAAGCUAGAGACCCUCAACAACCAGAACUCAGACUGCAAACAGCAUAUCGAAGUGCUCAAAGAGUCUCUCACUGCCAAAGAGCAACGUGCUGCCAUCCUCCAAACAGAGGUUGAUGCUCUACGUCUGCGUCUGGAGGAAAAGGAGUCCUUCCUGAACAAGAAAACUAAGCAGCUGCAGGACCUGACGGAGGAGAAGGGAACUCUCGCUGGAGAGAUCAGGGACAUGAAGGACAUGCUGGAGGUUAAAGAAAGGAAGAUUAAUGUCCUGCAGAAAAAGAUUGAGAACCUGCAGGAGCAGCUGAGAGACAAAGACAAGCAGCUGGGAAACCUCAAGGACAGGAUCAAGUCUCUGCAGACCGACUCCAGUAACACAGACACUGCCCUGGCCACCCUGGAGGAGGCGCUCUCAGAGAAGGAGAGAAUUAUUGAGCGAUUAAAGGACCAAAGAGAGAGAGAAGACAGAGAACGUCUGGAAGAAGUGGACUCCUAUAAGAAGGAGAACAAAGAGCUGAAGGAGAAGGUCAACAACCUGCAGAUAGAGUUAACAGAGAAGGAGUCUAGUCUCAUCGAUCUCAAAGAGCAUGCAUCAUCCCUGGCAUCCUCUGGCCUCAAGAAGGACUCCAAACUCAAGUCCCUGGAAAUCGCCAUCGAGCAGAAAAAAGAGGAGUGUAGUAAGUUGGAGACGCAGUUGCAAAAGCAAGCUGAGCAGCUAUUCAGUCACAUGAACAAUCCUAAAGCUCACGAGGUGGAGCAGCAGCACUCGGGCCCCCGAGGAAACCCGGAGUACGUGGACCGAGUAAAGCUUCUGGAAAAGGAAGUGGGCUAUUAUAAAGACGAGGCAAGCAAGUCUCAGUCGGAAGUGGAGAGGCUUCUGGACAUCCUGAGAGAGGUGGAGACCGAGAAGAAUGACAAGGACAAGAAGAUUGCUGAGCUGGAAAGCCCUCCAUCCACUGCCCCUCGCCAUACCCCUCGUUCUGGAGGCAGAGCUCCCCCUGACCCACUCCCUUCUGUGUCUGCCGCCCCUCAGCAGAUAGGGGGCAUGGUCUGGGAUUUCCUGGGAAAUUUAGCUCCAAGGCAAGGAGGUAAAGAUCAGAUCAAGAAAGGCUCCAAUAUCAAACUGGGACUACAAGGGGACAAGAAAGGCUUAGGACAAGAUCCUCGCAAGGAAGGCUCUUUAGAAAGUGGUCACCACUUAAAGCUGGAGGAGCUGAUGAGCACCCUGGAAAGGACGAGACAGGAGCUGGACGCCACCAAGCAACGUCUCUCCUCCACGCAGCAGUCUUUACAGGAGAGGGACACCCAUCUUACUAACAUGAGACAAGAGCGCAGGAAGCAGCUAGAGGAGAUCCUUGAAAUGAAACAACAAGCUCUGCUGGCAGCCAUCAGUGAAAAAGACGCUAACAUAGCAUUACUCGAACUAUCUGCCUCCAAUAAAAAGAAGACCCAGGAGGAGGUGCUGGCCCUGAAAAGAGAGCGGGACAAACUGAUGCACCAACUCAAACAACACACACAAAGCAGAAUGAAGCUGAUAGCCGACAACUAUGAGGAUGAGCAGUAUCAUCCACACGCUCCUCACCACCAGCCGCAGCCUCCACAUUCCCAGACUCAGCCACAGCCCCAAUACCCCCACCCUCCCCACGCUCAGCAGUCUCCUUAUCCACACGCCACACACCCCCAACACCCACAGCACCUGCAGCACCCACAAGCCCCGGCACAGCACCCGCAUCCACAGCAACCGCAGCCCCAGUAUCCUCAACACGCACAACACGCACAACACCCGCAGCACCCUCAGCACCCGCAGCACCCUCAGCAUCCUCAGCAUCCUCAGCACUCUCAACCGCUUCCUCAACACCAACAGCAUCCACGCCCCCCACAGCCACAGCACCCGCACCAACAGCACCCGCAGCAUGUGCCGCAGCACCCACACGGACAUCCGGCUCCACAGCACCCUCACCCCCAACACCCACAUGGCCCUCCCCCCCAAGGACCUCACCCGCAGCAUCCUCACCCUCAGCAUCCCCAGCAUCCACACCACGCCCAGCAUCCCCGUCAUCCCUCACCUCACCAUCGUGGAGGGCCGGCCCGUGGACCGCCACACGCAGGUCACCGUCCCUCUCCAGACCAGGAUGACGAGGAGGGCAUUUGGGCAUAGCUGAGACAACCAAAGCUCUAAUGUUGUUUUGAGGGGAGAUUCAGUCACUACUGGAGGAGCAUGGUCAUCCCAAGAUGUUGAAACACCACCCAAAUAAACAUUUAUCACCUUCAGUGAAUCAGUACUUCUGAACAGUGGGACCUUUAUUUAUUUAUUUUUUUGUUUGUUUGUUUUUUUUUUUUUACUUUUGUCUUUUGUUUUGUUAUGUUUAGCACAUUUUUUUCUGAGGAACAGGAGGAGGUACUCAGGUUUUCAGGUCCUGCAUGAAGACUGGCAGCUGAGCAGGUGAGGUGAGGCCUUCGCUUUGCGUGAAUAGGAAGACCAUCCUCCACAGUGUUCGCAAAUCAUCUAAAACGAUGCGCUGAUGGAGACACAGAAGACAAAUUGCUGCUUUAACAGACACGACUACCACAGGCACCCUGCAGCAGAGGUGUCACAGAAGUCACCUCACCUGUCUGUCACCUGCUGAAUAACCCCUCUUCAUCCUCACAACAAAGAACUUAUGAUUCUGCCGGUAAAGACGUUUCGUUAUUUUUUUUUUCCCCCAUCAAACCACAUCAUUUGUUUUAAAAUGGUUGUUAUCUCGUUGACUGUUAAAGUCAAGCUCUGACCGGCUUCUAGGCCUGACGCUCAUCCUCACUGCCUUCCUGACUCACCUAGUGACAUCUGACCCCUCCACGUAUCGCUAACGGCCCUCGGAGUGUCUUCUGCUAUCUUUUACGUCCAGACAAGUCGUGUUUAUCUUCGAGGUCAGGCGUUAGGCAUUUCUUCCUAUUAUGAUGUCUAUCUUGACUAGCAUGUCAUCAACACAUUGAAGUCACUUUAGGUUUCCUGUUGCCAUUUUUCGUUGGCACUUUUUGUUCACCUAUGGAGCGCCUUGAGUGACUUUCCUGCAGUGUUUCCUUUGCUGCACAAACCUCUGGUUUUGGGGCCUCGUUUUUGCCUCAAAGUAGUGGCUCUCAUCAGCAUUUUUUCUUUCCUUCACAUUACCUCAUUUUAGUCAGAAAUAGUAAAAGAAAGAAAAAAAAUCAGUCUAUGCAGAUAUCAACAUAGAGAUAAUGCAUUUUUAUUUUUCCAUGUAUAUUUGAAUUAAUUAUAAUUGUAUUUGACCAAUCAGAGCUGCCAAGAGAGUGGUCAGAAGAUAUUCAUUAGGUUUUCUUGAUUUUCUGCGACUAUGCACCUCCUCUGUGUUGGCAGGAACUUUCACUAAUGGUGCUUCUGCUGGUGCUCAAACUAAAUGGUGUCAGAAGAUCUAACCAGAGCAUCUUUUAGUCCUUUUACAGUAGAGGGACUUGGUCCCACAACGGGCUUCAUAAGCAGCAGUACAUGACUGCUUUGUAUAUAAAUAUAUAUACUACUGGUUAAAAUUUGGGGAGGGGAGGGAGCUUUGUGAACAACGAUUAAACAUUUUCUCCAAAACUAUGGCUGCCGUUAGCCUCAGAAGAGACUGUGACACUAAGUAGACGUUUUCUCUGCAGAUCUUAGUGGUUCCAGUGACACCCCAGUCUCUCGAUGAGUCCUCGCCCCUCUCCUUCAUAAUCUUCCAGCAGUAGCCUGUGUGACCUCCGCACACAUAGUGACUUGUUUUCUCCUUCUCAACAAGGUGGCCUGUGCCUCGUAAAAUCUGUACACAAAAAAAUAGAUAUGCAUAUAUUAUACAUAUAGAGAGAAAUCUAUAGAGUGUGUCUAUAUGUGGUCAAAAAUGUUUAAAACUAAUAAGAUAUACUAUAUGUUUUUUUUUUCAUUUGUUUAUUUUUCUAACUGGCUCGAGGUCAGAGAUAUUUUAUUUAAGAAUGCUGAUGGGUGAAAUUUUCCUCAGAUUUAUACGCUGUGAUAAAACCCUUCAGCAGCUUAACAUUCCCUGUCUGACAACACAGACCAAUCCAGAAGAAGAAAAGCAUAAAAUGUAUUAAAUAAGGUUCAGAGCGGCAGUUUAUGGGAAAGUGUGUCCAAAUUUAUCUAGCUGUCUAGAAAAGACGCCAAUAUUACAUUCCUUUAAAGGGAUAGUUGGGAGUUUUUGAGGAGGGGUUUCUUGUGGGAUUUGUAUCAGCAGUCGGACAUUUUGCUUCAAAUGCAGUUCACUGAACAAUUUCAAUUUGGAUGAAGGGAAAUUAUUUCCCACUGUAGAGUCAAGAUGACAACAGGUUCAGAUUGGAUCCAGUUCCACAGAAGUGUUUUGGUCUCUCACAAUAACUUUUAGCAGUAUGUGCACUAUCUUAUCAAUCUUUGCAUUAACUUUGCUUUCAUUCAUAAGUAUGUUGUCUUUUUUUUCGCUUGUCUGUCAGUACCUUUUCAUUCGUUUGGACAGCUUUUCUCGCCUUAGUACAUGAAAUCAUCAUUUGAAAACAGCAUUUUGUAUUAAUUCAAGUUUUCUUUAUUUGAUAUCUAGAUUUAUUCAUUAUCUAAAACAUUAACAUGACAGAAAACAAAACCGAAGGUAAUUUGUAAAAGGAAAUAGGCAACUUCCGACUGCUGAUAACAAACGCCCAGAAUCCCACUUUUUAAAAUUCCUAACUUUCUCUUUAACACUAAAUCAACUCAGUUGAAGACCACUUAGCCUGUGGUGACAACUUUAAACAGAGAAAAAGUAUUUUUUAUUUUCUUUUGUAGCUCUCACAGGUAGCAGUGAGGUUCCUUCUGCUGCAAGCAGAAGCUUGCACUUGUAAAUGAGGACUAUCACAAUAUCCUCCAAGGAGAGGUUUCAGUGACUCUGUCUGGAUGCAUUUCUCCUACGUGUAUUUGUUGUUGUCGUCAUGUGAACUGAAGUGGUGACGUGUGUGUGACCGUGACAGCUGAUUUAGGUAGAAGAACCAUCACGUUGUUACAGUAUUAUGAGAAAAUGAAGCUGACUGUUACUAAUGCCCUCCUCCUUCCUCGACCCUCCCGGUGUCUGUGUGUCAAGUGUUGGUUAUUGUAAACAAAUGUCUCUCCAUCUCACCCAAAUCCUCUCAAACCAAGGUGAUCCACUCUUCAUUUUUUUUUUUUUUUUCCCCAUGUGUCAUUCCCACAGAAGCAGCUCUCACCAUUGAACAAAAGCCAACAGGUUCUACGAGACGUUGUUCGUUUGUUUUUGUUUACAAAUCUUGAUAUAAAGGCCUUUUUAUCGUUAGAGAGACAGCGCAAACAGACAGAGGAGCAUAAAUCCUCUCACUUCACCAUCGGGGGGUUAUGAAUCCUCCGUUUUCAGGUCCUUAUCUACUGAAUACUUGAAGUAGGGAGUUUUCCUACCAUGAUAUAGCAGACAUUAUUUAAACGAUAGACAACAUUUUAAUUGUGCCCAUGCAUGCUGAUUUUUACAUUAUGUGCCAAUUGAAGGUGAUGGUGUAUGGAUAAUCUACUGUACUCUAUGCAGUGAUUUCUCUAUUGUCGUGUCAAACGAAAGAAAAUUAUCUAAAAAUAUAAUCGUUAAAAGCUGAGGAGACGCCGAACUCGGAGGUUGGGAGAUUGUUUCCUGUGCUCAGACUGAAGACUAACAGGCGAUUCUUUAUCCGUGCCUAGAAGCAGCUGUGUAGAUUCACCAGUCAUUUUUUUAAAGGCCUUUGAAAGAACUACAAAAAGCCAACCAUAUUGUUUUUUUCUUUUAUUUGCUGUAAUAGUCUUUAUUUUAUUAUUUAGUUGCUGAAACUUUUUGAUUGAACAAAUCACUGUGACUGAUGGCAGAUUUUUUUUAAAAUUAUUAUUAUUUAGCAAAGCAAAUGUCGAGUUUUUACUUUUUUAUUCAUUCAGUUUUGUAUUUAAGUUGAGCUUUAUUUUUUCUAUAAUUUAUGCUUACUAAAGAAUACCAGUUCAAGACAGUACUAUUUGUAACGGUAAAUAAUUUGAGCUGUACAGUAACAGACCUAGGAACAAAACUCAAUGUGUGUCCAGCAUGCUGAAUGAUCACUCGUGUGAACGUGAGCUGAUGCAGCAUCAGUCCUCAUCCAUUUCUUGCAUCUGCAUUGUGCAUUGUGACUGUGUGAUGUUGUGUUGGAGAGUGAUGUGUGUCUCACUUACUGUGUCCCCUUAGUAGACAGCCUGUGCAGUUUUGUGAGAGCGCAGCAUGUUUUUUUCUUUCUUUCUUUUCUUUUUCCAGGUGUGGGGGUGUUGCUGGUGUAAAUGUAUUCAGAAAAAGAGAGCAACGUGUGUGUGCGUGCGUGUGCGUGUGUGAGUGAGUGCAGAUAACAGAAUGUGUGUAAGUGUUAUCAAUGCAAAAGAGACUAAUUUAUUUAAAAAAAGAUAACUUUAUCAGCCAGUCGUUAAAGAAAAGAAGUGGGCAAGUUUCGAAUGACGCAUGGAUACUAUGUAAUGUUUUGUUUGUUUGCUUUUUUUAACAAUAGGAGGCUGUCCUUAGUGCCCCAGUUUGCUAUUGUCUGUGCUGUAUCAGAAUAAUACUAUUGAGUGUUGGCCAGCUUGUUUAUAUCCAUCAAAUAAAGGUGACUUUCUUUCUGUC